AUGAUCUUGAAAGUAAUCGAACCUUUUUUAUAUCACGAUUCCUCUGAUUCCUGGUAUUCCUGUUUUCCUAAUAUGCAAUUUGAGUACAUUAAGGGGGAAAUGGACGAUGACCUAUUUGCGGAUGAGGAGGACAGGCGACAAGUAAUGUCAAUGAAUGAGAAAGAUAGGGAACAGGAAAUUUUCAAUCGUAUGGAGCAGCAAGAGAUGAGACGGACUAGGUACCCAUCACGGUCCAAAGACCAAUCUGGAUCGAAAUCAAAAGGAGCUGCUCAAUCAGAGUCAGAAUCUGAAGCAGAUAUGAAGUUUCAUCGUCCGUCUGAAAUUCACAAGAAAGCUACUCAAAAAAAUGCUAUGGCAGAUUUGCUUGCAAAACGAAAAGAUAAGGAGAAUAAGGCCGCCAAGAAAGCUGCCUUAUCCAUUGAUGCUGUGUUUGGAAAAGACGACAGCGAUGGUUCAUCGUCAUCUUCAUCAUCCUCAUCGUCUACGGCGUCAUCACGCUCGUCUUCUCGUGAAUCAUCGCCCAGAAGAGACGCUGAAAGUGAAGACGAGGAAGAGAAGAAGGCUGUUGAGACCGUAGCGGAGUUGUCAAGAGCUCGUAUCUCACGAUACAAGAUAGCAAAAAUUGUGUACGCUCCUUUCUUCGCGAAAACUGUGAUAGGAUGUUUUGUUCGAAUCGGACUGGGUUCCUACGGAGGAAAGUCGAAGUAUAGGCUUUCACAAAUUGUUGAUGUUGUGGAAAUGAACAAGGUCUACACGUUCGAAAAUCUUAAGACGAACAAAGGUCUAAAGUUGAAAUACGGCACCGACGAACGCGUUUUUCGCAUUGAGUUCGUUUCAAAUGCCCAGUUUGGUGAGGAGGAGUUUUCUGAGUGGAGGACAGUAACAAAGGAGGAGUGCGGAUCAUUGCCGACGAUGGAUCACAUUGAGAAGAAGGAGCUUGACAUUAGGAAAGCAAUGAAUUUCAAUUAUACUGAUGAAGUUAUUGAAUAUGUGAGUAACGAUAGUAAGAAAUCGCAUGAUUGUGUAUCUGCCCGGAGUUUUGAUCUUCUUUGA